AUGGCGGAUACGACGCAGAGCUCUCCGGAACUCCUCACUCUUCAGGCCAAACUACAAAUAUUGAAUGAGAUGAACGCGCGACUACAAGCUCUGCGCAAAAUACCUGCUCAUCUCGUCCGGCAGCCCAAGUCUACGAACAUCUCGCUGUCACCGAGCCUCCAUCCGGUGCUGCAUCCACAUCCUGAGCCGUCGCUGCGGCAGGAUAUCCAGGAUGUAAAAGACUUUGCAGAGACUGUGCGUUCAGAGAAGGUUCAGGAGGCCUUGGUGCAUGCGCGGGAUAGCGAGAAGAAGGAUAAGAGCGACCUCGACUUGCACCGGCCACGAGUGAUUAGGAAGCGCAAACGGCAAUCUACGCCUGAGUCUCCGCGGUCAUACAACAACCCUCAACCGCAACGAACGUCACUCUUCUCGCCUGCACAUGACUCCGUGCCACCUGUGAAUAUUUCAGAGCUCAUAGAUUUCGUCCGAGAGUUCAACAAGACAAAUCCCAAAAUCAGGCUGCAAAUAGUAGCUGCAGACCGACAUCGCCCGCUUGUUUGCCCCAUCCUUGUCCGAUUCACCAUUCGUGACAUUGCCACGGUCUUCUUGACGCUGGAUUCGAAGGACGACUCGGUCCUUAUCAAACCGCCACACUCUCACUCUGACUUUAUCGUCUUCCAAAAGCUCUCCCAGCAGGUCACGAAGAUGAUCCUCUCUCAGCCACAGAUCUCCGUGCGCGUUGUGCUUGAACUACUAUGUUCGUACCAACAUGUGUUUACGCAGCGAUGUACCUAUUGCGAGCGGAUCCUCUCCGCUGAAGCCCCUAUUCCUGCCGUCGCCCGCGUGUGGUCGGACAAGGCAUCCGAUGGGACGACUCCAGGCUGGCAGCCGUGGCACCCGACCUGCUUGCAGCGCUGA